AUGCGCGUUGCCGCCUUCCUUAGCGCUUGCGCGCUCGCUGCCUCGUCGGUCCUCGUUGAAGCCAGGUCUGCGCAGUAUGCGGGCAAGAGGGUGCCUGAGAUGCCGCGCCCGCGUCGCGGAGAUCUGCUGAGGAAGCCCUCGGCUACCGUUGAAAAGCGCGCCGCAGACUACAUCAUUCCUCAGAGUGCCAACACUACGAAGUUUGCGGUCAAUGGCUCGGCCAUUCCUGAGGUCGACUUCGACGUUGGAGAGUCUUACGCUGGCCUGCUCCCGAUUUCGGACAAGGCGAACGAGACGAGCGAGCUGUACUUCUGGUUCUUCCCCUCUGAGAACGCCGAUGCCACCGAAGAGAUUGUCAUUUGGCUCAAUGGCGGCCCCGGAUGCUCGUCUCUUGAGGGCUUUUUCCAGGAGAACGGCCCUGUUCUCUGGCAAUAUGGCACGUACAAGCCUGUGAAGAAUCCCUGGACCUGGGUCAACUUGACCAACAUGGUUUGGGUUGAGCAACCAGUUGGCACUGGCUUCACUCAGGGCACUCCCACCGCGACCAACGAGGAGGAAGCCGCUGCUCAGUUCCUUGGUUUCUGGAAGAACUUCGUUGACACCUUCGGUCUGCACGGCCGCAAGGUGUACAUUGCUGGCGAGUCGUACGCUGGUUACUACGUUCCCUACAUCACUGAUGCUAUGCUCAACAAGAACGACUCGACGUACUACGACGCUCAGGCCUUCCUCAUCUACGAUCCUAGCACUUCGUACGACGUUGUCCAGCAGCAAAUCCCCGCCGUUCCCUUCGUUGACUACUGGGCACCGCUGUUCAACCUUAACGAAACCUUCACUAAUGACAUCCACGAGCGUGCUGAUGAGUGCGGUUACACCGACUUCUUCAACACUUACCUCACUUUCCCUCCCACUGGUCCUUUGCCCACUCCGCCCGAUGUCGGUCCCGGCUGCGACCUGUGGGACGACAUCUACUACGCCGUCAGCGCCGUGAACCCGUGUUUCGACAUCUACCAAGUCGCAACCACUUGCCCCCUACUCUGGGACGUGCUCGGCUUCCCCGGCUCCUUCGACUACAUCCCCGAGGGCACCGGCGUCUACUUCAACCGCACCGACGUCCAGAAGGCCAUCAAUGCCCCCAUCCAGGAGUGGGCUGAGUGCUCCAACGGUGUGCUCGACACUGACACCUCGCCGCCUUCCGGCCUCUCCAUCCUGCCCAGCGUCAUCGAGCGCACCAACGGCCGCUCCAUCAUCGCCCAUGGCAACCUUGACUUCAUCCUCAUCGCCAACGGCACCCUGCUGAUGAUCCAGAACAUGACCUGGGGCGGCGCUCAGGGCUUCCAGACCGCCCCCACCGAGCCUUUCUUCGUUCCGUACCAUGAGGAGGUUUCGUUGAGCACGCUCGCUGCGUCGGGCAUCAUGGGCACCGCGCACACCGAGCGUGGCUUGACUUGGGUCGAGGUUGCUAUGUCUGGCCACAUGGUCCCGCAAUACCAACCUUCGGCUGCUUACCGCCAGCUCGAGUUCCUGCUGGGUCGCAUCGACAGCCUGAACGAGCGUAGCGAUUUCACCACGCAGUCGGGUGACUUUGGCAACAACUUCAACUUCACCAGCGCCAAUGCAACGCUGAAGAUGUCGAAGAGGCAGAUGGGUUUCGAGUGGGCUAUGUGA